AUGACCGCGGGCCAGGGUGCAACCCUUGGCGGCGGCGUGACCGUGACCGGCGGCGUCGGCGUUAGUUCCACAGGCGGCGGCAUCACCGUGGUGAGCGGCGUCGGCACGGCAACAUCGAGCGGCGCCGUGAGCGUGAAGUCAGCAAACGCCGGUACGAGCGGCGUGAGCGGGUCCAUGACUUUGGCGACCGGGACAUCGAGUGCUGGUGUGUCGGGAGCGUUCACGAUGGACACGGGCACUGCCACCGGCGGCAACUCGGGGAGUGUUGCUGUGACGACUGGCGGUGCGAGUACUAGCGGCACUGGUGGCGCUUUCACUGUGGCCGUGGGCGACGGCGACACGGGCACAGGCGGCGACAUCGGCAUGACCGCGGGCAAGUCCAGUGCGGCCGCGGGAGGUGCCGUGGGCGUGACCGCGGGCCAGGGUGCAACCCUUGGCGGCGGCGUGACCGUGACCGGCGGCGUCGGCGUUAGUUCCACAGGCGGCGGCAUCACCGUGGUGAGCGGCGUCGGCACGGCAACAUCGAGCGGCGCCGUGAGCGUGAAGUCAGCAAACGCCGGUACGAGCGGCGUGAGCGGGUCCAUGACUUUGGCGACCGGGACAUCGAGUGCUGGUGUGUCGGGAGCGUUCACGAUGGACACGGGCACUGCCACCGGCGGCAACUCGGGGAGUGUUGCUGUGACGACUGGCGGUGUGAGUACUAGCGGCACUGGUGGCGCUUUCACUGUGGCCGUGGGCUUAGGCGACACGGGCACAGGCGGCGACAUCGGCAUGACCGCGGGCAAGUCCAGUGCGGCCGCGGGAGGUGCCGUGGGCGUGACCGCGGGCCAGGGUGCAACCCUUGGCGGCGGCGUGACCGUGACCGGCGGCGUCGGCGUUAGUUCCACAGGCGGCGGCAUCACCGUGGUGAGCGGCGUCGGCACGGCAACAUCGAGCGGCGCCGUGAGCGUGAAGUCAGCAAACGCCGGUACGAGCGGCGUGAGCGGGUCCAUGACUUUGGCGACCGGGACAUCGAGUGCUGGUGUGUCGGGAGCGUUCACGAUGGACACGGGCACUGCCACCGGCGGCAACUCGGGGAGUGUUGCUGUGACGACUGGCGGUGCGAGUACUAGCGGCACUGGUGGCGCUUUCACUGUGGCCGUGGGCUUAGGCGACACGGGCACAGGCGGCGACAUCGGCAUGACCGCGGGCAAGUCCAGUGCGGCCGCGGGAGGUGCCGUGGGCGUGACCGCGGGCCAGGGUGCAACCCUUGGCGGCGGCGUGACCGUGACCGGCGGCGUCGGCGUUAGUUCCACAGGCGGCGGCAUCACCGUGGUGAGCGGCGUCGGCACGGCAACAUCGAGCGGCGCCGUGAGCGUGAAGUCAGCAAACGCCGGUACGAGCGGCGUGAGCGGGUCCAUGACUUUGGCGACCGGGUCGACCACCGCCGGCGCAUCGGGCUCCGUGACUAUGAUUUCCGGAGAUGCCACUGGAGCGGCGAGCGGCGACGUGACCGUAGGCGCUGGUGUUUCCUUCUCUACGAACGGAGGACAUGUCAACAUCUCCGCGGGCUCCGUUUUCACCGGGAAAGUCGCUGGAAACGUCACGGUCGAACCCGGGCAAACGUUCGGCGGCGCCGUCACCGGUCACGUCAACGUCGGCGUCGAUCACGCGUCUUCCGUCGUCAUCGGACGUCGCGCGGACGACGGCUUCACGAAACUUCACGGCCUCGUCGAGACGUUUAAGCACCAAAUCGGACGCGACGCGAACGCGGCGGUGACGAACAAGCACCUGAAGAUCACAACCGCGUCGAUCACGGUUCCGGCGUUGUACCCGUCUGCUGUGUUCACGUUCGACGUGCACGUCCCGGGCGCGGUCUUAUCGGACGUCGUCCAGGUCGCGUUCUCAGGAUCGUUAGGGGACGCGCACGCGAUCGCGCACGUCAUCGCGGUGAACUCCGUGAGAAUCACGGUGAGUAACCCGGGGUAUAACGUCGCGGUCGUGACUCUCGCGGCGGGGACGUUUACUCUGACGUGCACGAAUUUCACGUGAUGAGAUUUUGCGGGAUG